AUGCCUUCAUUCUCCUUGCUCAAGCGGUCUUCCAGGAAGGAAGUCAAUGGCAACCUCUCAGAUGCAACUUCGGGCGAGGUGAGCUCGCACCAGAGCGCUGUGUCGAUCCCAACAACAUCGGACGGGGUCAGCAGCAGCAAUAGCAACAGCGAAGGCAGCCGCGAGCAGAAGAAAGCGAGGCGACACUCGCGGCGCGACAUUCUUCAUGAUUUCAUCCAGCGGUCCAUCCGCGGGACGCCAGGCGCAGGCGCAGGCGCAGGCGCAGGCACAGGGCCGGGAGGCAGAUCGACCCCUCAGCGGGCCUCGAUUCCAGAGUCAACGGCCUCGCCUCCGCUCCGAUCUACGGACAGUCCCGUCUCUCCGCGCUCGCCCGUCAAUCCCAACAAGCCCUUACCGUCACCACCGCCCCCCGGUAGCGAGAACGACAUCGGACCUCCGGCCAAGCCAGUCCUCAAGCUUGCCAGAAUUAUGUCGACGCUGACCGACGAAGACCUCGAGAAGCUCUUCUCGGGCGCCCCGCAGUACUUCGCCCGGUCCGAGGGCCAUUUCACCGGCGCGCCGCAUCCCAGCGUUGCUUUCCCCUGGGAUGAGUCUCUUGAGAUUAGAGACCUCACAGACCAUACACAGAUUGAGGAUGAAGCAUGGGGAGGCGUGACGGCCUGGCCGCACCUCAUCCGGCGCGAGUCGUCCCACCGACGCAAGUCCAUCGCCGACAGCCGGAAACGGGCCCAUUUCUACCCUCGAUGCCGUGAGAGACCCAGUAUGCUCAGCAUGCAGGGCUUGGAGAAGGGCACCGUGGGAUAUCAGGCGGCUCUGGAGAUGGCUGUCGGGGAUGCGCUGCAGGAAGAACAGUUCGGCUUCGACAGCAUGGGCCACAAGGCCAAUGCUGUAAUCGAGGCUCGACGCAGACUGCUGACGUCAAAGCUGGGCCUGCGGCAUCUCGAGGAAGACGCUAUUAUGGAAGGACUGCUCAAGAAUGGAGCGAGAUACGGCAACAACAACAUGAAGGACAGCCGCGCCUCCACCAAAUUCUACAAUGAGCUCUUCCUCGGGAUCCUCCACCCGCCAACGAGAGUGUUGGACCACUAUGAUCCCUACAGUCUCUCGGUGCAGAUCCAGGCCCUUCUCAAGGUUUUGGCGAUGCCGAAUGUGUGGAUUGACUUCUCGCAUGUGGAGUGGCGCAUUCGACUCGGCCAGAUUCUCUGGGCGGCAGAAACCGAGGAUGAUGUGCACGACGGAGCGUCGAUUCAGAUGAGCGGGACGGCAGACGAGAGACAGGAGGAGCGGUACUGGCUCUUGUUACAGAUUCUGCUCGGCACAGAGCUACUGAUCCGUCUCGAUGCGAUAACGGAAGGGGACGAGCUGGGGACCGAGAGCAUAUCGCCCUCGGAAGUGCACCGGUUCGAAAAGGACGCCAACACAUCAGUGAAAUGGACGUUGAUUCUUGCGCGAGCAUGGCUGGAGAACAUCGAGAUCUCGAAGUCGGAACCAGCUGGAUCCGACCAGACGGCACAGAACCAUACCGGAUGGCUUGCGACCUUGACCAAGCGGAUCUCGCUGUCGGCUGAAGGUGGCCACCUGCCCCACUCUCAUCACCAUAGCCAGCAAAAGAAGCACAUGGUGUAUGCGAUGAAAGGAAGGCAUAGCCAGCGCCAGGUGGAUGGCCUCACCCACUUCGCGCGAAGGCUCAGGUGGCCUGGUAUCGAAGGGUACGCGAAGGUCAUUACGGACAACUGCAGGGCCGUUACGGAAGGGACGCCGUUGAGUACUCCGUUGACGACCCCGGCUCCCGGCGGUACACCUCGGUCUUCCUAUUUUGGCGGAGACGGCAUCCCGACGGCGAACAUCAAGCGGCAGCCCUCAAGACAGCGUAAGGUGGCUGCCGGGCUCAACCCUUCUGGCUGGCUGUCUCGCAGCUUCAUCUCCGGCUUCAUGCUUCCCGGGGAGGGGAUGUAUCACUUCCUCAUGGCUACGCUCCUCGAGAACGACAAGGAAGCCAUGUCUACGUUAGGUCCCAUGGCUAACCUUUGUGGGGGCUUCGUGUACCGGGGAAAGAGUUUCUGGAGCACGGCUUGCAUCGUCGGGCGCGUGCUGGCAGCUGGCAAGGGGUCUGCUGAGUGUAUGGGCUGGAUCUCGAGCGAUAUCACACCCCAAGGCAUUGCUGAUUCGUGGGUCAACGUUGAAGUUGAGGAGCUCCGAGAUGAAGUCAUCAAUAUCAACAAGCGGGCUCGUCUCUGGGGCAAGGCCAAUAUUGAGAAGUCAUCCUCGAUUCUUGGCGAGGCGGACCCAGCGUCGGUCCUCCCAGCCGACUUUAUCAUCCCCCACGAGAACAACUACGGGGACUCCCCUCCACCGAACUUGAGCAUCGUCCUCAAGUCUCUCAACCUGUUCGCCCCCGUGGAUUCAGUGCAUACGACGCCCACGGAGGAGAACACGCCAGCUCCUACCCCCUUCUCUGAAGUCAGCAAGAUUCCCGAAAUCCACACCUACCCGGCAGCCAUCUCAUUCUCCGUCACCGAAGAGGAUGAGUUCGAGGGUACAGAAUAUACCUUGGCUUUAUCGCACGAUAUCCACUUCGUCACGGCUCAUCCUUGUGUUCCUUCAAAACAUGUCAAGAUUAUGAAAUCACCAUCGAGUCCAACCAUUCAGCAAAUCGACGUUUCGGAUAGCGGCAUGACGCCGCACCAGUCCUCACCCGCGGCCAUUACUGGUAAGCACCUGGGACAGUCAUCCGCUCCACAAGUCGUAUACAUACGCAGCAAUGCAUCUUUCAGAUCUUUUGGAGAAGGAGGCCUGGACCCUAGAACAGCACCUCAACAACUACAGGUCGUCGUCCCACCGGCCCAGCCUCACGCCCGCGACAACAGACACCACGCCCAAGGUCCUGGUCAUCGACUGCAUCACGGGCUUCACGCCGCAGCCGCUGGCGCACGAGGUCCCCCUGUCGCCCGUGGUCAGCCGCUCCAGCUCGGAGAUGAGCCCGCUCUCGCCCGUGAGCUCGCGGGAGGAGGCGGCGCAGAGCAUGCACCACGAGACCAGGCGUAG